AUGCCACCGCUGUUCAGCAACUCGGCAACCGCCGGGCUUCUCUCCGGCGGGAAACAGCAGGUCACUGUCUUCGUCAGCUCCGGCCCCGUCUUCCUCGCCACCGCCGCCGCCACCAAUCAUCAGAUCUUCCCCGUGGACUACCAGAAUCAGGUCUCACAGCGCAUCGUCGAUGCCGCCCACCGCAACGACGCUAAUUCAGCCCUCGACUGCCUCGCCGAUCCCUUCGUCGACGUCAACUUCGCCGGCACGGUGAGCCUCCGGUCGAAGAAGACCGAGGUCGUGCUCCACGGCGAGUCAGCUCACGAGGUCCGUGUCGAGUACGAGGAGUUCAAGACUGACGUCACUGCUCUCUUCCUCGCCGCCCACGCCGGCAACUCGCUGCUCGUCAAAAAUUUGCUGAGUCAUGGAGCUAAUCCAAAUCAGAAGCUGUUCCGAGGGUACGCCACAACGGCAGCAGUGAGAGAAGGCCAUUUGGAGAUACUGGAGAGGCUAAUGAAAGCAGGCGCGUGUCAGGAGGCAUGCGAGGAAGCUCUAAUGGAAGCGAGCUACUUAGGGCAGGCGAAGCCGGCCGAAUUGCUCAUGGGCUCCGACCUCAUACGGCCACGGGUCGCUGUUCAUGCGCUCGUAUCGGCCUCCUGCAGGGGUUUCGUUAAUGUGGUCGACGUGCUCAUUAAGGCAUUUACUCGAACACCUUGCUGUGGAGUAGAUGCCAAUGCAAUGGAUCGGGUGCUGCUUCAAUCUUCGAAGCCGUUGCUGCACACCAAUGUCUACAGCAAUGCUCUCGCUGCCGCCGUUGUUAGUAGACAGACCUCGGUAGUCAGAUUGUUGUUGCAGGCUGGCGUGAGACUGGACAUGAAAGUGCAAGUAGGAGCAUGGUCAUGGGACAUGGAAACCGGCGAAGAAAUCCGAGUGGGAGCAGGACUAGCCGAGGCCUACAACGUCACAUGGUGCGCGGUCGAGUAUUUUGAAUCCACCGGCGCAAUACUCCGCUUGCUCCUCACCCAUCUCUCCCCGAAUCUCUGCCACCUCGGCAGGACUCUCAUUCACCACGCCAUUCUCUGCAACAAUCCCCAAGCAGCCGAAGUCCUCAUUGCCUCCGGUGCGGAUACCGAAUACCCGGCGGCAACUUCAAAAACCCAACUCCGGCCAGUUCACUUGGCCGCUCGCCGUGGGUCCAACAGAAUCCUCCAACAGCUCAUCUCCAUCACCGGCUGCAACGUCGAUUCGAGGACGAAUUCUGGUCAAUCCGCGCUCAUGAUCUGCGCGGAGCACAAGCAGGAGGAAUGCCUGAAAGUGCUGGCCUCGGCCGGAGCCGAUUUCGGUCUGGUGGAUUCCGGUGGUGAGUCCGCCGUCUCCAUUGCGAGGAAGCACGAUUGGGGUCUAGGGUUUCAGCAGGCGGUAAUGGACGCAAUCCGAUGUGGGAAAGUCAUGAAAUCGAGCGAUGUUUCGGUUUUCUCGCCGUUGGCGUUCGCGAUUCGAGCAGGAGAUCUCCAGGCAUUGAAGCGGCUGACGGAGAAAGCGGAUGUGGAUCUCGACGAACAGGACGGAAAUGGAUUUACGGCUCUCAUGGUGGCCGCCGCCGCCGGCCACCUCGACGCCUUCAAAUUGCUGCUCCGGGCCGGAGCCGACGUGAAAUUGAGGAACAAAAAUGGGGAGACGGCAAUGUGCUUGGCCGAAUCAAAACUGAACCAGAUCGAAUUGUUCGGAAAGGCUCUGCUCGAGCACGAAUCAUCCAACAAUUGUAAGAACCCACCAAUCGGAAAUCACGCCCUGCAUCGCGCCGCCGUGCGAGGGGAAUUAGGGUUGGUCCAGGAUUUGAUCGGACAAGGAGGCACCGACGUCAACGCUGCCGACGGUGACGGGUACACUCCGUUGAUGCUCGCGGCGAGAGAAGGGCACGGGAAGGUCUGCCGGGUUCUGAUAUCGGCAGGAGCGGAGGUCGAUGCACGAAAUGCGAGGGGGGAGACGGCGCUAAUUUUGGCCCGGCGAAGUAAUAUCGGAGGCGGUGGAGGGGAGACGGCGGCAGAGGAGGUGAUUUUGGAUUACAAGGCGCGGGAGCUUGUGGUGGGAGGCGGGCGGGUGAAGAAGCAUACGAAGGGAGGGAAAGGGAAGGCGCAUCACAAGACGAUGAGGAUGGUGCCGGCGGCGGGGACUCUCCGUUGGGAGGAGAAAUGGCGGUGGUGGAAGUGGUGGAGCGAGAGGGAGGCGGUGUGUAAGGAUGCAAAGGUGGGUCCGACGGCGGAGUUUCGGUGGAAUCGACAGCGGAAGGAGGUUACGGAGGAGGAACCGGGGAUGUUUCACGUGGUGACGACGAGGGAUAGGAUAAUCCAUUUUGUUUGUGAAGGUGGGGAUGAGAUGGCGGAGCUUUGGGUUAGAGGGAUCAAGAUUGUCACUCGGGAAGCCAUAUUCGGCACUCAACAACAAUUCUUUUAG